AUGCGAUUUUCCUUUACAUCUACGUCGGCCCUGGAGGUCAUAUGUUUGUGCCUCUCGCUCGCAGCGGCCACCAAUAUUAAUCAACAUUCGCCCACCCGGCCCCCACGUAGCCCAAACAUUCGGCCACGAAUCAACUCCGAAGCAUGCUCCGGGGGACACAGUAAUUUGACCAUAACCAUUCAAAAUAACCAAGGUAAACCUUUGUUCUUUUACGUCACUGGAAAGGACCCCGAUGCCAAUAGCAAUUUCAUCAUUCUUCGGAGACAGGAUGAUUGCUACUCGUGGUUCACGAAGCCCGCAUACACGGACAGCUCUACGAUUCCCUACUACUUCGUCAACACAACCGAUGACAGCAGCGGGUUUCACAGCGAGAUACGGGUGAAUGAAAGCAUUUCAUUUUGGCUCCCAAGCUACGCCAACAGCGCCCGCCUGUACGUCGCUCAAGACAAGCUCCGGUUUGGCACCAAUGCUGGGAGCUCAAGCGAUGGCUUCGUUGAACCGUCGUCGACCAACAAAGCUCUUCCUGAAUACAACACUACCUGGCAGUUUAUCGAGUUCACCUAUGGGGAAGGGGACUUCAUAUUGAACCCCUCGUACGUCGAUUUUGCGGCAAUGUCACUGGACCUCACGGUGGAGUCAGAAGCAAAUGUGUAUAGAGUCCCAGGACUCGAGGCCGACGCGCUGGACAAGAUUUGUUCGGAGCUCAGGGACCAAACGCAAAGAGACAACCAGAGUUGGGCGGAGAUGUGUCUCACGGACGAUGACGGCCACAAUUUACGAGCACUCUCGCCGAACCAAUAUCUCGCCCUGCACCCCAAUGACCCGAUGGCAACGUACUACAACGAGUACGUUGACAAGGUGUGGGAGAAGUACACUGAGCAAAAUCUCACGAUCAACACGCAGGAUAAUGGUAGUGGCGGAAAGGUUGAAUUAGGCCGCAACUUCAUCUGCAAGGUCAAGCCUGAGGAUGAUCUGCUUUGGUGCGGCGGCGAGGAUAUGCUCAGUGAGACUUAUUCGUUCAGGAAGCCGACCACGUCUGAGAUCAUGGGCUGCGUACAGGGCUCUCAGGAUCAGAGCUCUCAGGAUAGGAGCCCGUUCACAGUGACCGGAAGGAACCAGUCGAUGAUUGUGCCUCGUCUCUGUGCGGCCUUUGAUCGAAGCACAUUGCUACUUGAAGAGGGCCAUAUCCAGCCCAACAACAAGAUCACUGCUGAUGAAUACUAUAAUGAGACUAUCACGAACCAUUAUAGCCGGAUUAUACACGAGAGACUGAUGAAUCACACUGGGUAUGCCUUUGCUUACGAUGACACAAAUCCCGUAUCUGAUCAGGACACAACGGGCAACGCUGCUGGGGUUAUCCAGGACACAGACCCCCAACUUUUGCUAAUUACGGUUAGAUGA